GGACGAGCGCCAGAGAAAACAUAUAACCGGGUGGUGCAGUAACCGCAGUUUUCCGCGGCUCCCUUUCUCCGUACUCUGUCGACAUCUCCGUCGAUCCACGUCCUGCGGCUGGGAAGAAGGUGCGGGGAAACUGCGAGGAGACGGGCCCGGGGCCUUUUUAACGGCUGCACGAGGGAGCUCCGAGCGAGUAAACGAGCCGUCUACAAGUAAACAACGACGAUUUUACAAGCCGUGAAGCCAGGCUCGUGAAGGAACUAAAGCGGCUGGAGGACGCCGGAAUCGAGCUCGCGAUCGCAGGUUCUUAGUUUGCUGCACUGAAGCAGUUUCGCAACCUCUCAUCCUCAUUAUUGCCCUAAUGACAGCUGGUUCUACCUCCAUGAUCUGAGAAAACAGCUCCUUCGCCCACGAAACUCAAUUCGUCUGCAUUGGAACUCCUCACAGAGAGAAGCACAGAGAUAUAAGAAGACACAACUUGUGGUUGCAGCUGGUCGGUUGGUAUGGCGAUGAGAAAGUUUGUUCGAAGGUUCAGCAGUGCGAGCCUGGACAUGGUGCCCCAGGGGAAGAAAGACAGCCGAGAAAGAAGUGUGUCCGAGCUUGUCGAGUCCUCGGAGAGCGUAAAGAUAUCGCCGGAUUCGAACCUGGAAUAUCUCGGGUACACGUACGUGAAGGACGCUCGGUCGCUAAGGGAGAUACAAACGGCAAUUCGGACAGUCAAACAGACAUCUCUGAACAGAGACCACUGGGUGGGGUUGGUCGUCAAGGCAGGGAUGUUGCUGGUCCAGGACAUGACGGGAGAGAUGCUGAUUAUGAGCUCUGUGGCUUGUAUAGCACAGUGUGUGUGUGAACUGAACCGUGCUCUCAACGACUGUCUAGCCGUCACUUUCAGCUCUGGACACAACGCAAAACAGUGCCACGUAUUCCAGGCCAAGUCAGCCCGAGAGGCGUCGGAGUUGGUUCACAAUGUGCAGAAGGCCACCAGAGCAUCGCAGAGACCUCGGGUCAGAGCUGGAGAAGAGUCCAAAGCUGGGUAUGCAUAUGAUGGAGACGAAGAGGGAGAAGUAAUGGAACAUAAGCCCAUCUCCCACUCUCUCUCUCGCAAUGAGAGUAAACGUAUCCUCGUGCGACCACCGUCAGCAGAGUGCUCCACCUCCUCCGCCUAUCUCGACUCCCUGUCUCCCUACGGCAAAUUCCACAACCAUUCGGUGGGAUUUAUGACAACUCCUCCUAAAGGGAAACGGAGAGGGGCAGGGGGGAAGGGAGGGAGGCAACGAGAUGCGAGAGAGCGUUUGGUCGUCAAGACAAAGAGGCCCAGAUACUGAGUGCUGCUGAUAAGGUCACGGAGAACAACGCUCAGCUGAGGACCAGUGCUAGUAAAAGGACUCCCUCCAGCCCAUUUGAAGAUGCCCUCUACUCCAUGCACGUAUCCAAUAGCGACCUCCUCUCCAACUACAUCAAGAGCGGACACGUUCCCGUGGACGCAUGUGACAGCUCGGGCAACAGUCUCCUUCACUACGCCGUUGCCAUUGGCAACGUCGAUGCCGUUAA